UGCCAAAAAUAGCAAGAAUGGCGCCCCUGAGGAGGACUUGCUCGUUUAUUCUUGCAUUUGCAGUAAUAUCGGCGAACUUGGCUGCUACUAAGGGCAGCAUUUCAUCAGUAUGUCCAAUAGUGAAAGACCUUGGAAUGCAAAGCAGAGGUAUUCCAGAACAAGCUAUAACUGAAUCAAGUGUGUUACAAGGCAGCCCUCAGUAUGAGGGACAUCAAGCUCGGCUUCAUAACAAUGGAGCAUGGAUUGCAGCAAAUAACAAUGGAUCUCAGUGGAUACAAGUUAAAUUUGCACACAGAAAAGCAAUAACCAUGAUAUCCACUCAAGGGUAUAAUGGCUUCAUAAAGGAGUUUUUUCUGUUAUAUAGUGAUGAUGGCCUUCAGUGGAAUAAGUAUAACGAUAGCCAAGGAAUUGAUAAGGUAUUUCAAGGCAAUACUGAUGUAAAGAGUGUGGUCAAUAAUACAAUCAACCCACCUCUUGAAGGACUUUUUAUCAAACUCCAAGCAAAACUAUGUGACUCAUUAUAUUGUGCACUACGCAUGGAACUAUAUGGAUGUAACUACACUAAUCCACUUGUAUCAUCUGCAAUAUGUCCACCCCUAACAAAGYCUGCUGGGAGUUCAGUUUCAUGUACAGCAUCAACCUAUGUUGGUAGUACAUGUACAUUUAGAUGUGUGGUUGGAUAUUGGAUUGUUGGAUCGCUCUUUCUUCAGUGUCAACCCAACAGAACAUGGAAUGGCACUGUGCCAGCAUGCUAUGCCAUGCCUAGUGAGCCAAAAAACUUAAAAACAGUGAGUACAUUUUCAACAACUAUAAACAUAGCAUGGGAGAAACCAGCAAUUAGUGGCAGCUCUGUUAUCAACUACUUGGUCUACUGGAAAGCUGACAAUGAGCAAAGCUAUCAAGAAAAGAUAGUCACAAAGUUAACAGCAGCUUUAGUUGUCAAACCGUACACUUUUUAUUCCAUUAAAGUUAGUGCUCGCAGUGCCCACUUUAUGAGUCCUUGGUCGAUCAUCUUGAGACAGAGGUCUGACGAAGCAGCUCCUUCUAUGGCACCUUCAAAUUUCCAAGUCAAAUCUAACAAAGCUCUGACAUUGACUGUCACAUGGUCAGAGAUUCCUGAAGAAGGCCGUAAUGGAGUCAUUCUUGGUUAUAAAAUAAACUAUUAUAAGAACAAGACAAAGUCUGUCCCCACGGAGAUCCCUGUAGCCAAUGAUGUCUUCACAUAUACCAUUAAGAACCUGGAGUAUGAUGAUUACUUUGUCUCUGUCGCUGCUCAUACAAGGAUUGGAUUUGGUCCAAAUACAACUAUUAUCAGAAAAGUUCCCAUGGAAGGAGCUCCAAGUGAACCUUUAAGGCUGACCUGCACUAGUUUCUCAGACAAGAGUAUCCUGUUAAUAUGGCAAAAACCCUCAACAAGCAAUGGCAUUAUUAGGUACUAUCUGAUAACGACAUUUGAGAAGGUCACUGGUGUCCAGGUUGUCAAUAACAUGAAGUUCCCCGCAAAUAUGAAUUUGAUGAAACUUGUGCCAAAUCUGAAGCCAUUCAAAGAGUAUGUAGUUAAAGUGAAGGGGGUUACUGUAACACCAGGAGAGGCUGCUUCUUGCUCGGCAUGGACUAAAGCUGCAGCACCAGAUGGUGUACCGCUAAUCUCAUCUAUCAGCGCACGUGAUGCCUAUACUAUCUUCGUGUCCUGGAGCAAGGUUCCUAAAGAUGACUGUAAUGGGAUCAUUCUUGGAUAUAUUGUGUUCUUUAAGCCCCAUGGACAGCACGUUCCGUAUGAAAAUAAAACUAUUGACGAUGAAUCAAGACUUAGCACUGAAAUUACCGGAUUGAAACCUUUUACUCAAGUGUGUGUCAAAAUGGCUGCCUUCACAAAAGUUGGUGUUUCUAAGGAUUGGGAAAGUGAAGCAUGUCGACUUAUCACAACUGAUCAGACAGGCCCAAGUGCUCCUCGGAACAUAAACGUGACGGCAACAUCAUCUACCUCCAUCCUCGUGCAGUGGGAAGCCCCAGUCACUCCCAAUGGCAUCAUCUCAUACUACUUUAUCUUCUUGGGAACCUAUAAGGACAAUCUCGCAGAGCACGGACAAGUGACGGGGAAAAUAAUGAGCAAAGAAAUUACUGGGUUAUCAAAAUACACCACGUAUUAUGUGCAGGUCCGAGGGAAAACCAAUAAGAAUGGAAAUGCAUCUGAGAUCGUUAAAGUCACCACGUUAGAAGAUGCUCCAAGUGAACCUUUAAGGCUGACCUGCACUAGUUUCUCAGACAAGAGUAUCCUGUUAAUAUGGCAAAAACCCUCAACAAGCAAUGGCAUUAUUAGGUACUAUCUGAUARCGACAUUUGAGAAGGUCACUGGUGUCCAGGUUGGCAAGCCUGUCGACAUGAAGUUCCCCGCAAAUAUAGAUUUGAUGAAACUCGUGUCAGAUCUGAAGCCUUUCAGAGAGUAUGUAGUUAAUGUACAGGCGGUUACUGUAACACCAGGAGAUACUGCUUCUUGCUCGGUAUGGACUAAAGCUGGAGCCCCAAGUGAACCUUUAAACGUACAGGCAGUGCUGACAGGAAUGUCAGUCAACAUCAAAUGGAAUCCUCCCUUGGAGAAAAAUGGCUAUUUGAAAAUGUAUAAGGUGUACUGUAUCGGAAGACGUUCGUAUGAUCCAAGGUUCGAAAACAAGACUAAAGUAGAGACUGAGGUGGACAAACGUGAAGUCAUCAUCAGGAAUCUGCUCCCUGGCACGGAGUAUGAAGUGUAUGUUGUAGCCAAGACGUACGAGAAGGAUGGAAAGAAGAGUGAAUCAGUCACUGUACAAACUCCUCCAGAAGCACCUCCAGCACCAGAACAACCUGAAGUAUCACAGGAAAGCGUAAGACAUAACUCUAUCACACUCUUACUCAAGUCAUCGCCGCAAAAGAAUGGAGAAGUAAUAGCCCAUCAAGUGAUAGUGGAAGCAUUGGGCAAGAAAGCUAAACGAAGCGUCGAUCCCUUACCGUCUGAGAUCAAUGACUACAAGACAGCCAAGGAACGAGGUUCAUGGUUUUAUUUAGCAGCGGAAUUUCGAGGUUUAGAGGUACCUCAGUCAUUUGUACUUGGCGAUGGAAAAUAUUACGAAAACUACUACAAUGCACCGUUAGAACCUAAAACCAGAUACAGGGUUUACGUUCGAGGGGUAACCAAGGACCAAUAUGGGAAAUGGGUUUAUGGUGCUCCUGCUGCAACAACUCUUCCAGCAACAGCCGAAAUGAAAACCCUUGAUAAGGGAAAUGACGUUGGGUUGAUUGCAGGAAUUAUUGGUGCCAUUAUCCUGAUUGCCAUCAUCGCUAUUGCUAUUUUACUCUACAGAAGAUCCAAACGACCUUUAAAAGCUAACGUGGAUGUUGAGAACCACAAGUCAAAAUCCAGACGAAGAUUCAAGGACCUGGAGCUCAUGAGAAUAGGAGGAAAGAAGCGACCAUUGUCAAUUCCUGGUGAGGUAGUGAACGAUCCAGAACACCCUUCAGUACCAAUGGAAAACUUUUCCAAACAUGUCCAUAAGCUGCACAAGUCGGAUGACCGAGGAUUUAUGAUCGAGUAUAAUAAACUUGAUGCAGGGCGGGAGUAUCCAUGUGAAGCUGCGUACUUAUCAGACAACAAGAACAAAAACAGAUAUGGAAAUAUCGUAGCAUAUGAUCAUUCCAGAGUCGUUCUUUCUGUCCUGGAUGGCAAACAAUGUACAGAUUACAUCAAUGCAUCUCAUAUCGAUGGCUAUAACAAACCUAGUGCUUAUAUCGCUACACAAGGUCCCGUACCACACACUUUCGAUGACUUCUGGCGAAUGGUCUGGGAACAGCAGUCUGCCACGAUAGUCAUGCUAACAAACUUGCAAGAAAGACACAAGUUGAAAUGCCACAAGUACUGGCCUGAUAAAACUGAAGAAUAUGGUGAUAUAUCUGUCAAACUUCUCAAGUGUGAACACUACGCUGAUUACAGCAUUCGUACUUUCAACGUAAAAAGGGAAAUCGAGAAAGAAGAACGCGAAAUCCGUCAGUUCCACUUCAUAGUAUGGCCAGAUCAUGGCGUACCUGAAUAUCCUACAGCCAUCUUGGCUUUCCGUAGAAGAGUACGUGCAUACAAUCCACCCGAUGCUGGACCUAUUAUUGUACACUGCAGUGCUGGUGUGGGUCGUUCAGGGACAUUCAUAGUUAUCGAUGCUAUGCUUGAUCGAAUCAAGGCAGAGAAAACAGUGGAUAUAUUUAACUAUGUAGCUUACUUAAGAUCAAGGCGAACAGCCAUGGUGCAGACAGAGGAGCAAUACACGUUUUGUCAUGAUGCUAUUCUAGAGUCUAUUCAAUGUGGUAACACACAGAUCCUUGCACAUGACCUGAGAAUAGCUCUCAGCAAGAUGGAUCAUGUUGAUAAGGAUCUUAAACUGACGCGAUUUGAGACGGAAUUUAAGACGUUGAACAAAGUCAGCCCUGUGCUGCCCAAGGCGUGCUAUAUCGUCGCGUCCUAUCCAGAGAACAAGGAGAAGAACAGAUACCAUGAUAUUUUAGCCUCGGAUUUCUCACGGGUGAUGUUAACCGCGAUAGAUGAUAACGAGAUCACUACGUACAUCAACGCUGUCCACAUAUCGGGUUACAAGCAGCAACACGCAUUCAUUGUAACGCAAUACCCCCUGACUCCUACAGUCACUGAUUUCUGGCGCAUGUUAUGUGAACAAGAGUCAGCGUGUCUGGUAGUCUUCCAACCGACAGAAGAAGGGGACUUCCCUCAGUUCUGGCCUGAAGAAGGAAAAGUUACCUAUGAUGAUAUGAUUACAGUAGAAUGUCACGCUGAAAAAUCUAACAGUGUAGACAAUCUCAAGUCCACCUAUGAUCAGACAGAAAUCACUGAACUGAAGUUUAAACUCAAGGAUCUUAGAACUCCAGAGAAAGAAAUCAUCGUGAAGAUGUUUGUUCUCCAUGGAUGGGCCAAUGAUGAUGAUACAGUUGACACGUCAUCUAUGAUCACCCUGGUUGCUAAGGUGGAGAAAUGGCAACAACAGUCAGGCAAUGGACCAAUCACAGUCAUGUGCAGCGAUGGUAUUGGUCGAAGUGGAACAUUCUGUGCUCUCUACUCAGUACUGGAACGUGUGAAGAUAGAACAAGUAGUAGAUGUUUUACAAGCCAUCAAAGCCAUGAGAAUACCAAGACCUGGUCUAGUCAAAACUAAUGCUCAGUACAAGUCUAUUUAUUACACGGUUCAAGAAUAUUUGGCAGCUUUUGAUGACUAUGCUAACUUCAAGUAAAGAAUUAGACAUUUCUGGAAAAUUUUACCAUAUAUGGAGUCAUGACGUGUAUCGAAUUCCUUAUUUGGUAAUUUUGUAUCAUUGCCUUAUAUGGUAUGACUGUUGCUCCUUAUAUGGUAAUGUUAAAGCCUACAACUCCUUAUAUGGUAGUAUUACCUAAUAUGGAGAUGAUUAAGAAAGCUGAACAAUCAUAAGAUGAUCGUUACUAGCAAAAAAUACCAAACAGAUAGGAAAUUUAUUGUAAUAUUAAUAAUAAUAUGCUUACACUUCCCCGUUUCGCUUUAAGAUGAAAGUGGUGAAAAGUGAUGAGAACUUUAAAUAUCGAUAUAUUAAUAAUACCUAACAAAUAGACGUUUAGUGUUAUUUCAUACUCAUUUUUACUAAAUAUUUACGUGUUGUUUGAACGUAAAAAUAUCAAUAAUCAUUUUUAUGGUGGACCACUCAUUUUUAAAGCCACCCUCUUGUUUUUGGUAAAUGCUUUUUGAAAAUUAUUGUCAUUUUAAAGACAUUCCUCUGAGCUUGCGUAUAACUUGUUAAAUGAGUGGUUAAAAUAAUCUUGAGUUGCAUACAUUAAGAUAUAAAGAGUUUUGUCUGAUAGCUGCCCUUUUUAAUUUUUUUAUUUCAUUGAUCGUUUAUUUUUCAAUUUUUAAGUCUUUUUUAUGCAUGUGCAAGAGGUCAGACCUGAUUGGCUAUCACAUUCUUGCUUCUAAUUGGUUCUUUGAGUCUUUAUUUUUCUAUUGCAACAUGUUUUACAUUAAGAAGGGCUUCAGUAAAAGAUUUCGUGAGUAUUACUGUAUUAUAUUUCAUAAACCUCAUUAGCAUGCGCCAAAACGUACUCUUUUCGGCGUUGAUUGUUUUUUAACACAAUUUGUGGAUCUUAUUUACAUUACUGGAUCGUUAAUCGUGAAGUAUUCCACUUAGAAUACUUCAGCUGAUUUUGAACAAUAUAAGGUUUAUUAUGCAUUUAGCUUUAAAAAAAUUUUCUUUCUUUUCAGUUUAUAGUCGAACAGUAAUCGUAAUGCUCGAAAAUCCUUUAAAUGAAUUGACAUCUUAACAUUGAUUAAUAAAAGCUUGGCCAAUCGAUGAUAGCCAAGCUAAAAUACACCUAUAGAUAGUAAGCCAAUGAUAAACCAGCUAAAAUUUUACUAGCCAAUAGAAAUUAGCUUGAAUUGUAUCUAUAAAUAGACAGCCAAUAGUAAAUAGGCUUAAAUCAUAUCUAUAAAUAGCUAGCCAAUGGUAAGCUAGCUUAUACACCCAUAAAUAGCUGGCCAAUAAUAGGACAGUUCAUAAUACACAUAUAUAUAAUAAGAUAUUAUUACAAUAUCAUUAGACAUUAUUUGUUUUUUGAAAACCACAAUUUAAGGUUAUUGUAGAUAUAUAUGAAUGAUAUUUUCUUAAUGUAAUUAAAAUCACCAAUAAACGAAA